AUGAAGCAGAGGGCACUCGAAUGGGCAGGCCCUUACGGUGCCUGGUGCUCAGUCUGCUCCCCCGAGCCCGAAGAGACGCACAUGAACCUCCCCUUCUGCUUCAUUACCCUGCCUUCAGAACCGGCCAUGAAUGCCGCUGGCCGGACUUCAGACCACCCAUUCAAAGACCUUCGUUCAGCCCGCCGCACACACCAACGUUCUAAGAGAUACCCGGAGCGCAUCUACAGCGGUAACAAGCGUCGCCGCUCCGAUAAAUUCCGUCCCGCACGAAUAGCAGCACUCAAGGAUACGUACAAGGGGAUCGAAAGCCGAGAAUGGGAGGGCGACUGGUACGCCGAAUGGGCGCACAAGGUAGACAUGGAGCACAUGGACGAUAUAGCCGCGUACACACUUUUCGGCAAAAACGCGGCCUUCUUCGAAGGUCGAGACGAAGGAGAGACCACAAAAGGCGAAGACUUUGGCUCCUGGGCCCGACGCCGUAUCGCAGAGAUGCGCCGAGUCAAGGAAUAUCGCAUGCACAGCUAUGGUAUACCUACAAGCCCUACGCCGCUAUACAUCCUACCACAUACCAUGCGCAAUGAUUCGCGUCCAGGUCGUACCAGCGCCACCAUCCUCACAGCACCCCUCGCGAAACCCCACGAAACCACCCUACCCGCGACCCUUUCCGAUAUCCGCGCCCACCUCGCACUAGCACGUGCCCUCACACCGUCCGCGAACCUCAAACAACGCUGCCGAAGCCGCAACAUACCGGUCUUGCCCGUCAUCCAGGGUUACAGCUGGUGGGGCGAAUAUACCUGGCAAUGGCAUAGGAAUAUGUCUGGGUGCUGGUUUCUCGGCUACGAGUAUGGGUGUCGUGAGGAAUGUGUGGGGCAGUGCACAUGUCUAUGCUGGGGAAGCAUGGUGGAUAAAUGUUAUUGUGAGGAGUUUGGGGUGGGUACGGAGUGGGAGGUGCCGGCACCGGAGGAUGUGCAGAGAUGUAGUCUUGUGGAGUGGGUGAGGGGAGAGCUGAUGGAGAUAUUGGAGGAAGAUGAGAUUAUUUCGAAGAGAGAGACGAGAAGAGUGGAGGAAGAGAGGAGCCUGGAUGAGUUUGAUCGGGAUUGGGAAGCUGGUUUCGAUCACGAGUGGGAGUGGAGGCAGUGCUUGGAUGACGACUAUGUUAUACUAGAGAAGAACGAAGGGGAUAGUGAAGCAUGGAGUGCUGUUAGCGGAGCUGACGAGAGUCCGUUGGCUGACUUCGAUAUGGCACUUCAGAGUCCGGUCGAAGCGGAGCCGGAGAGAUGA